GGUCAUCUAAAGACUUGCAAUUUAUGUCAUAAAAAACUAGGUUUAUCUUUAGCAAAUAAUAAUAGUUGUAGAGUAGUAUCACUUGUACAAGCAAAUCAGAAUGAUCUUUGUGAAAACGAAUUUACAUAUACUGCUAACAUAGAUAAUAGUCUGUUAAGCGAUAUAAUUGAUAUGGAUAAUAUAAAAGAUUAUAUAUCAACUGAGAUUGAGGCAUGUGAAAAUAGCGAACUCGGAAUGAAGAUAAAUUUAUAUAUUAAUUUAUCAUUUAGUAAAAGUGAAGAUACUAGUUCUAUCUAUAAAAGCAUUAUUGAAGCUGUUCAAAACGCUGAUGGAUAUAAUGGCAAAAAACAAUCUCAAUGGUAUAAUUGUUCUCUUUCAUCUCAGCAUGAUUGUAUAAUAUCAAAUCCUAAGCAUCUAUGUGUUAAGCAACCAUGUUUUGAGUGUCAGGGCUUAUUAAAACUUUCGCUUAGUGUUGAUAAUUCAAUGAUGCAACUUUAUUUGCGGCAUAAUAUACUUCAUUCACAUUCUUCUGCAAAAAAUAAUAUUGAUAAAGAGAUCUCUAUUUCUGAAAACGAUGAAUAUUCAUUAUUAUAUAGCAAUAAUGAAAACAAAGUUUAUGAAUUAGUGUUUAUCACACCUUUUUUACAACUAUUAAAUAGUUUAUAUAAUGAAAUACUUAUUGAUGCAACUUAUAAGACGAAUAGUGCCGAAUUCGAGCUCUAUUUAAUAAUUGCAAAUAUUGAAGGAGUAGGUUAUCCAUUAUCUUAUUUGUUUUUAAAUUCUCCAAAAGAUAUACCUUUCACACAGAAUAUUGAAUUAGAUCAUUUUCAAAAAAUGGUAGAUGAUUUGAAAUAUUUUGUUACAGAUUUGAACCAAGAGUUAGCAAAAGGUAAUAGUCGUUAUUUACAAGCUAUUCAGAGAAACAUACCGAAGACUCUUAAAAUAGCACAAGAAAUUAAAGCAUAUCAUAAUCGUAUAUCUAAUAUUUCAAUGUGGAAAAACAAAGAAUAG